GGUGAUUCCCUCCGACUUGCGUCUGCUUCUCGCCAGCAGCCCCAGCAUUAUGCAGAGACUUGUGCUGCUAUUAGCCAUUUCUCUUCUACUCUAUCAAGAUCUUCCAGUGAGAAGCGAAUUUGAAUUGGACAGAAUAUGUGGUUAUGGGACUGCCCGUUGCCGGAAGAAAUGUCGCAGCCAAGAAUACAGAAUUGGAAGAUGUCCCAACACCUAUGCAUGCUGUUUGAGAAAAUGGGAUGAGAGCUUACUGAAUCGUACAAAACCCUGAAACGCAGUAGUGCUGGUCCCUAGAGUCGCUGGAAGUAGGACCUCAGUAGCUUUCCUUCCUGCGGCCUAGCAGCAAGGGCAUCCCCAUUGCAACCACGGGUUCAGUUAUCAAAGAAGGUUUGCUGAGCUUCCACUCAAUGCAAAGCCAAUAUAGGAGACUGAAGAAGAAUACAGGCUGGAAAGCCGCCUCUGGUUGUGAUAAUGGAGAAUAACAAUGGGAGUUAAGCAUGAGUUUCAACACUUUAUAAGUUGAACAAAAAAUAUGUCUACCUAAUCAGCUAUAAACCUAAGAAAAACAUCAUUUUUAU